AAGCAUAUCAGCAUUCGCCAGAGCGGAGAAUUGAAGUCAAUGUUUACAUCAAACUUUUAAGUAAAAGUAUAUCAUUUGCUGACGAAACGAAGCAACAUCUUCACUUGCAGACAUAACGAAGCAACACUUCGCAAUCUUCGUAGAAAGAUGGUUUUGAAAGAAGUCAAAAUGGGAAAUGUGGAAUUUACCCAGAUGAUUUUGUUUCUUUCAUUAGUCUGCAAUGGCGCAUUUGCAGAAGAGAUCAUCGGCGAUGGAUACAAUCUCAACUACACGUUACCGAUGUUCGAAACAUGUUCUGAGAGAGAACACCCCGAGAAGGGGGUUGUUAAAACCAUUCCAAAACUCAUCCCGACUCUCAAGUUUGACUCAGGAUGCUCAGGCAGACGAAAUAAGAGCGGUUUGCGCAUCUGUCAGUUUCCAGACUGCCUCAUGAAUCCAUGUAUAAACGGCUGGUGUGAGGAGUCUGUCAUUAGCUACAUUUGCCAUUGUUCACCCCGUUACACAGGAGGGAGGUGUGAAUCAAUGUUACCAAACUCAACCGUUUCAUCCUUGUCGGAAACAGAAGCUACUAGUCCCGUGGUGUACAACUGCCCAAGGAACAUCAACCAAUCAGUGAAGGUAGGAUAUGAUGGCGUUGAAGUAUUCUGGAUUCCACCGAACAUCUCCAAUCCAUCCGGGACACCAACCAUCGUGCCUAACAUCAGCCCAGGAUCUUUCUUCAAUGUCACUGAUGAACCGGUGGAAGUCAUCUAUACAAUCGCCGAUGGCACUGGCUGGGUUGAUGAAUCAUGUUCGUUCCACGUCUCCGUAUUUUAUAAACCAUCAAGAAAGAUAUUUGUGACGGAUUAUGGACGUAUGUUCAUGGCCGAUCUAGACGAUUUGGUGUUCAAUGAAAUCCCCUCAAGUGGCGAUCCAUACUUCGUGACAUAUGAUGAUGUGGAUAAGAGGUUGUACUGGUCCGACUGGACAAGUAGAAGGGUCUACCGCUCUGACUGGAAUGGGGGAAACAUGGAGGCAGUUACCGCACGCAACGCUGAAUCUGAACCGAAUGGCGUUGCUAUCGCGAGGAAUGCAAGGACACUUUAUGUUGCUUAUCGAAAAGGAGAUAGAAUUACAAACAUGUCGGUAAGAGAUGGCAGUCCUUUUCCUCCAACCGAAACGGAUAUGAUCGAUUCACUGUUCAUGCCGAGAGCCUUGACUGUUGACGAAUUCCAAGGGUACCUUUAUUGGACAUCACUGAGUUUUGUUUAUCGUACAUUUCUCAAUGGAACCAGGCUUCGUCAAAUUGUUGAAUAUUUAGAGGGUGGAAUUUUCGAAGAGAUAAUCACUAGUCUGAACAUCGAUCUUACCAGGAACCCACGACGUGCCUUUUUUCCCGUCUCCAAUACGGGAAAGAACUUCUACAUGGAUGUGCGGCCAUUAGGCUACUACAACAAUCGCACUUUGUUAAUUAGUAACAUACAGACGAGAGACAUCAGCGUCAACAAUGACGACGUAUACUUCUUGAAGGAAUUUAAACCGAUUGGGAUUGCAGUAAUGAAGAACUAUGACAGUAUCAAUCGAGAGUAUUAUUUGAUAGAAAUCGAUCAAUUCGAGGAACCUUAUCAACUGCACAUCGCUUAUAUUGAACCCUAGGGAUGGCAAGGGGGGUCCAGCUGGUCAAGCCAAUGCGUUUUUAGACUACACUUAUAUGGGUUGCCAUUUUUCACCUCAUUCACCGAGAACAUUAUGGUCAAAAGAUAAAGAAAAAUAACUUAGUUUAAUACACCUGUCAUAUGUAUGACCCACCGUAUGACCCCCCCCCCCCUCCCCCACCUCGAUUAAUUGCCAUGAAUGAAUCGGCACCCUCAAAUUGCCGGUACCCUUGUAGGCCUUAGGCUUAGAUCUUUAUCUAGAUCCAAUUCUUAAACACUAUCAUUAAUGACAAAAUGAUAGGCUAGGCUAUGGCAUUAACUUUAUCUCAAAUCUAGACCUGUCUAAAUGACUGCAGCCGACUAAUUGCUAGCAUAGAACUGGUUAAUUCCGAACGUUACGUUUACUUGCGUUAAACCAAUGAGCUUGGUAUCCUUAGUUUAAUUGAUGUAGUCCGUAUAAAGAAAAAACAAUUUAGGGGGGGACCACCUGAAAUUUUUCGAUGGACACAGGUAAAAAAUUGGACAAGCAAAAAAAAAAGGUAAUCAACAAAAGAUUAAGGGGGACCACAAAAAAAAUUGGGGGGGGGGUUUUACAUGAAUUUAGGGGGGACGCAGG